AUGGUGGUUGCAGGUGGUGGUUCCGUCGACAUGAAGAUGAAGGCCCUCGCCAUCCAAGUCGUCACUGGUCGGUGGUUCGUGGUGUUUGCCUCCUUCCUAAUCAUGGCAGUCUCCGGAGCCACCUACAUGUUCGGCCUUUACUCCGGCGACAUAAAAAAUUCUCUUGGCUACGACCAAACCACUCUCAAUCUCCUCAGUUUCUUCAAGGACUUGGGUGCCAAUUUCGGUGUCUUAUCAGGACUAAUCAACGAGAUCACCCCACCCUGGGUGGUUCUAGCCAUGGGUUCGGUUCUUAACUUCUUUGGCUACUUCAUGAUAUGGCUAGCAGUGACUGGAAGAAUAGCCAAACCUCAAGUGUGGCAGAUGUGUCUCUAUAUCUGCAUAGGUGCUAACUCUCAGUCUUUUGCAAACACUGGCUCUCUUGUCACUUGUGUUAAGAACUUCCCUGAAAGCCGUGGUGUUGUGUUAGGCAUCCUCAAAGGUUACGUGGGUCUCAGUGGAGCCAUCAUCACACAGUUAUACUUUGCUUUUUAUUACAAUGACUCAAAGGCUUUGAUUUUGCUCAUAGCUUGGCUUCCAGCUGCUAUAUCUUUUGCUUUCCUGAGAACUGUUCGAUACAUGAAGCCAGUUCGACAGCCUGAUGAGCUCAGUGUUUUCUACAAAUUUUUGUAUAUUUCUCUUGGCCUUGCUGGGUUUCUAUUGGUUAUGAUCAUAGUACAGAAAAAGGUCUCUUUCAAACGAAGUGAGUAUGACGUGAGUGCUGCCGUGGUGCUUUUCUUGCUCUUCCUCCCAAUUGCUGUUGUUUUUUGUGAAGAAUACAAGACCCGGAAGAGUCAAAAGCUUGCAUUCGUUGAUGAUCCCUUGCCAGUGUUGAAAAUUGUAACUGAUGAAGAGGAGUCUGUGACUGCGACUGCGAAUGGGAACAGAUCUGAAUAUUCAGCACCAACAUCAAACAACAGUACUACUAAUGCAACGGAAGAAAUUAGAUGGUGGCAAAAUGUUUUUACCCCACCCGAAAGAGGUGAUGACUAUACCAUACUUCAAGCGCUUUUUAGCAUAGACAUGAUAUUACUAUUCCUCGCUGGCACUUGUGGUGUUGGUGGCACUUUAACAGCAAUUGACAAUCUGGGUCAGAUUGGAACCUCACUUGGAUACCCAAAGACAAGCAUAAGCACAUUUGUGUCACUGGUGAGCAUUUGGAAUUUUCUAGGACGAGUUUUUUCUGGUUUUGUCUCUGAACAUUUCCUAACAAAAUACAAAUUUCCUCGACCUCUCAUGCUCACCCUGACUCUGCUCUUAUCCUGCGUCGGUCAUCUACUGAUAGUCUUUGAUGUGCCCAAUGGUCUCUAUGUAGCUUCAGUAAUUAUUGGGUUCUGUUUUGGUGCACAGUGGCCAUUAGUCUUUGCCAUAAUUUCGGAGCUGUUUGGACUAAAGUACUAUUCAACUUUGUACAACUUUGGCGGGGUAGCGAGCCCAAUUGGCCUUUAUGUGCUUAAUGUGAUGGUAACUGGCCAUCUGUAUGACAAAGAAGCUAAGAGGCAAUUGGGUGCAUUGGGGAUCCCAAGAAAGGUGGGACAGGAAUUGAAUUGUGUUGGAGCCAGUUGUUUCAAGUUGUCCUUCAUUAUUAUCACUGCAGCAACUUUCUUCGGUGCCAUUAUUUCGGUCAUUUUGGUUGCUAGGACCAUUAAGUUUUAUAAAGGUGACAUUUACAAGAGGUACCGAAAGCAGGACGACGGAGCCACGGCUGAGAUGGCGGUUGCCCAGAACGGCGGCGAGAGAGGACAAGAUACCAAAGUUGGGAUGUAAUUGGUGAAGC